CCAAUUGCAGUUUUAUGACUAGAAUUUAUUUCCCCUCCCCUGAGCUUGCCUUUGCAUCCUUCGUUGCACUUUACCACUGCACCAUCCCCUUGAGUUCAUCAUUGUUUAGCUCGCUGCUGGUGUGUAAGCGACACCAGUCUUAUUAAUUAAUAGUCCCAGAGGGACUUGGAAAGCAGAGAAGCAUAGGACAAGGCAAGUGCAGUGACAGAUGCUCGCUCUGUCAAAGACGUGCUGGCUAUCAAUCACCUGGCCACUUCUGUUCCUCCCUUUGCAAACAGCCGGUGAAGGAGUGGAGGAAGAGAAGAUGGCGUGGGACCUGCAUCCAUGUUCAUUUCUCUCCCUCCUUGGGACUUUCUCGGUGCUGCUAUCUCUCUACAUGUCUGUGGUGGUUCCACAGAUCCCAGACCCCGAGUAUGCAACUACAAGUCCUCCAAGGAAGAAACCGGACCCUGUUACAUCAGAAACAGUCGUUUUCUGGGGACUGCGGUUAUGGCAAGUCAUAGGAGUUUUUUCAAUGUUCGUUCUGGCAGUUAUAAUCACCUUAUGUUGCAUCUUCAAAUGUCGAAUUCCAAGGACAAAAAAAGAAAUUGAAGCCCGAUAUGCCCAAAGACAAGCAGCUAAAAAAUAUGCCAGAAAGCUGGACACAGUGCCUCCACUUGAUGAACUGACUGAGAUACCUGGAGGUUCCUCCGAGGCUGCACCCUUAACAACUGUCUCUGGUCAGGUCCAGUCGAGAAGUGUCAACCCUCUUCCAGUUGUUAAGGAGGAGGAUGAGUUGGCACUUCAUGGAAACUAGCAAUGAAGAAGCUCUCCUUCUGUUUCCUCUUUCCUGUUGCUAUUUCUCUCUAAGACUCCAGUUUUUAUUUAGUUGUGUGUUAUAUAAUAAGUGUGUUGACUGGAUGCCAAAAUCAAAUUCAUCUAUGAUUCACGAAAUUCAUUCAUAUGAUGCAACAAAUAUUUUAUAUUAUUAGUCACUUAUUGAAAUAAUAAAAACUUGUAUAAUGUUAUGGUAGUAUAAUUUCAAUUGUAUUAGAUAUGAUUAAUACAAGGGACGUUCAAAAUGUUUCCACACUUUCGUAUUUUCGUUGGAAAUGGUUGAGGUGGGAGGAGGAGUAUUUGGGCAUUAAAAAUUUGGUAUGAUGCCGGGAAAAGUGCAUCGCAAAGGAAGGGGGGGACUAUGUAGAAAAGUGAUGUAAUUUGUUUUUGAAAUUCUUGAUAAGUAGAGUUAAACAAAGUGGAAAUGUUUUGAACGUCCCUCAUAUUUAUCAGAUGUUGGACCAUUGGAUAUAAUUUCAUAAUAUUGUUUGAUUCUCUAGAUAGAAUUUCCUACCAUAGGCUGGUCACAUUUCAGCGUGGUAAAUCUUCUCUUAUCCACUACCAGGCAGUUCUGCUUACCUUCCCUAUGUAGAAUUUUAUAUGCAUAUGGUGGAAAGUCAUAAUAGCACAUAUUUUUUACAAAUUAGGCAAAAGUGGCGUAUCUUAGGGGUCAGCACUGAACUGGCUGCUUUUUAUUAUUUAUAUAAGUUACCUAGAUAAGAAUAAUACUAACCAGCUAAUUCAUUUUACACAAUAAACUAGCAGGAUUGGCAAAUAUCCUAGAAUUAGCAAACAUAUUACAGGUAGACCUGAACAGGAGAUUAAUGUGAAUAAGUCAAAGGUUUUACACAUGGAAAAUAAAAAUAUUAGAUAUAAUUAUGAAAUUGCAAGUGGGGGAGCUGGAACUUGAAAGUACAACUUACAAAGACUUACAGUGGAUUCAGAAAGUAUUCAGACCCCUUCACUUUUUCACGUUUUGUUAUGUUGCAGCCUUUUUUUAAAAUCAUUUAAAUCUAUUUUUUUCCUGCAAAAAUGGGGCAUUAGAAAUUGCUUGAAGAUUCUUAAAACUGAAAUAUCACAUUGGCACAAUUAUUGUAGUACUAGGGUGUUGUACCAUGUUAGCCAUUAUGAAUGA